AGAAAGUUUAUGUACAUAAACCUUUUUUUAAAAAAAGUAUUGUUGCACCUGGUAGCUAGCCUCACUGACACAGAAAUGAGAGGUCUGUUCAGUGCUUAAAUAGCUGAGAAACAAUGGGAUAGUGCAGGGAAGUUAACAAUUAACAGUCUCAGCUUAAAUUUUGUAACUGCAGGGAGCUGGAAACACGGCUGACUCUCUCUUCAACAAAAUCAGGUCUCCUGGUUGAGGAAAGAAUUUUUGUUAACAUCUUAGUUUCUGAAAAAAAAAAAAAAAAAGGCAGCUCAGAAUUUGAUGAGUAUCAUGCAGUUAUGGUUUUAAGCAGCCUGCUCAUAUUUAACUAUCUCUGCUCAUUUUGAAGAGACUGGCUGAAAGAGGGGUAAAGAGGCUUUUGAAAAUACUUUUUACUUUACUUUUUUAAAUGAGGGUGCAGAACAAAAAAGGGAGCUGAAGGCAUCUCGCUGGAGAGAAGCAGCAAGGAAGAUGGGUCUGCUAAGUGUGGAUUUGCUGAUCACCCUUCAGAUCUUGCCGGUCUUUUUCUCCAACUGCCUCUUCCUUGCACUGUAUGACUCUGUGAUCCUCCUGAAGCACAUGGUGCUAUUUCUGAGCCGGUCUAAGUCUGGGCGCGGUGAGUGGCGGAGGAUGCUGACCUCGGAGGGGCUGCGCUGUGUCUGGAAGAGCUUCCUCCUGGAUGCCUACAAGCAGGUCAAACUGGGAGGAGAAGCCCCAAACUCCAGUGUAAUCCACAUAGCCAAAGACAGUGAUGGCAGCAGUAGCAGCUGGAAGAGUGUCGGCAGCAAGUGUGGAACCAAAUGCCGCCUUCUGGAUUUUGCCAACUCUGAGCGACCACUGGUGGUCAAUUUUGGUUCAGCUACCUGACCACCGUUUACAAGCCAGCUGUCGGCUUUCAGCAAGCUGGUGGAAGAGUUCUCUGGUGUGGCUGACUUUCUGUUGGUCUACAUUGAUGAGGCUCACCCGUCAGAUGGCUGGGCUGCGCCUGGAAUCUCUCCUUCUUCAUUUGAAGUUAAGAAACAUAGGAACCAGGAAGACCGAUGUGCAGCUGCUCAUCAGCUCCUAGAACACUUUUCCUUGCCACCUCAGUGCCAAGUGGUGGCUGACUGCAUGGACAACAAUGCCAAUGUGGCUUACGGGGUUUCAUUUGAGCGAGUGUGCAUUGUGCAGAGACAAAAAAUUGCCUAUCUGGGAGGUAAAGGCCCCUUUUACUACAACCUGCAGGAGGUUCGGCUUUGGCUGGAACAAAAUUCCAGCAAAAGAUGAAAUCCAUUCUCUACAGAAUCUAUGUCAAUAGGAGUGUCCCUUUAACAUGAUAUAAAAGGGAAAAACCAGAAAAUGUGCUGGUGUGAAUAAGGCAUUUCAGAUGACUGUGGAACACAUUUGAUAAUGAAUGUUAACUAGGUUUAAAAAAACACACCAACAAACCCACAAAACACAAAAGCAAACAAACAGCAAAAAACUCCACAGAAACAUCACUGUAUGAAAAAAAAAAAUCUCACUCCUGUGCUUGCUACAAAACAGAAGAGGUGAAGAGGGUUCUGCAAAAAGGUGCUGCUGGCUAGCAGGAAGAGCAGUGAGAUGAGGCCUCUCCCAAAAACCUGUCUCAUGAAGUGUCAGCCCUGGAAUGAGCCAGAAGCAUUGCUGCUUGGAAAGCAAUCCAUGAAAGGGCAAUGCUGUGCCAUUUCAUCAGAAAUGCUUCUUUACCCUCCUGCAGUCAAUGCAAAUGACCUGGGAGAAGCCAGGGGGCUUGCAAUUGCUUUGCAUAGAAAUGCAGUGGAGUGUGGCAGUUGUCCUCUGUACGUAAUUUAUUGUUCAGAAACUACAGAAACCACCAUGCAAUGCAAUCCUGCAGGCAGACUGGCCGUCCAGAUCAAGAUCAAACAUUGUAGGCUGGUAUUUGUACUCCCUAUAGAUGCCUCUGACAGCAUAUUAACUAUGUAAUUCUGUCUGCGUGUUUGUAUCCAGUGUGCAGGUCUGUGCCUGCUGAGAAAGAUGUUGAUAUCUAUGGAGCUGGACCAAAAAGAUGGAGGUGAUCAAGUAAGACCAUUACAAUUUGAAAACUGAAAAAAAUGGACUAUUUGUAACAAAGCAGUGAGAACCAUCUGGAGAGAGCAUCACAAGACAAAACUCAGCUGAUGCCAACUAGGCCUUGGCUUUCAGAGCUGACAACACACAUUUAUCAAUAUUCUUUGGUUCUGCUCUGUCCAGCAACAGGCUUAAAGGUAAUUUCAUUUUUAGCUUUUAAAAAAAAAAUAACUUAUUUCUCUCUUUUAUGUUUAUUUGAGAUAAUGACUUUACAGAUGUAUUUAGGGCAUGGGGAAACUUAUACACAACUUUACCUCAUUGAAAUGGAUUCAUCCUGUUACUUACCCUGUUAAAUGUAGUCAUGCAGAUUUGUGCUAUCUUGGAUACUUGCAACUAGUUUACUGCUCCUUUAGUUUGUCUGGAAGCUAAGCUGCUUGCAGCCUCAGAAUUGAUUAGCUGCAGUUCUGCUGUCACAUGAAGUGAUUGUUUCACUCAUGUUCUCAAAAGCCUUCCUAGAGGAACACGGAGGACAAAUAGUGUGAAUUAAUGUGAAUAAGUGUAAAACAUGGCAGAAUUUCCAUAUGAAUGGGUCUGAGGAAUCUUGUUUAAAGAGAUACUUUAAUGAAGCCUCAUGAAAAUACAGUUUACUAUGAGCUAACUCAUUAGAGCUGGUAAAUGAAAACCUGUGAGGAGAGGGACUAAAACAGAUAAAGAGGGUAAGCGGCAAAAAUCAAAUUAGUUCUUUUAAUUUAUCAUCUAGCUGAUUGUCAAUAAUAUGAUGCAUUACUAUGAACACAAGGAAAGAACAGAAAAUACAUAAAUAUCUUCAUUUUUACAAUAUCCCUUUAAUCUUGUGUAUUUCUUCUU